AUGAGCCCGAUCCGCGGGAACCACUCCACGGACGAAGAAGCGCAAUUGCUCGGCGCAGAUGAAUCAAGCAACGAAGACGAUGGAUUGCCCUUACAUCGCACGCGAGCCCAGCAGGGAGGUCUUCUGGACCUGUUGAAUGGACCCGAUCCGCCCAAAGUACAUUCUAUUCGCCCAUUCCUACCAGCCUUGCAGGAAGCUCCGGUCAGAUUAUUGGAAGUCUGGAAAAUUGACAAGAGAGCCCUCCUUUCAGUCGUCUUGCUUCUUUGGCUCAUUCUCUUCGCAGGCUUCUUGACGGCCCAGCUUCCUAUCGAAGAUGCAGACGGAAGGUAUGUGGUAAAUCUGGACUGCGUAGACACUCUUUGGUGGAGAAAGAACGAGUGCGGAAUCGAUGGCGUCAACUGCCACCCUUUCGAUAACCGGACUUUUGCCUUUCGCUGUCCUGCAAAAUGCCGCGACGUUCAGGUUCUGAAUCCAAGACAUGUUGGCCCUGUCGACGUGAACUAUCGCCCUCUCGUCAUUGGUAGUGGACCCUAUCGGGGUGACAGUUUCAUCUGUGGCUCAGCGAUACAUGCGGGAAUCAUCGACAAUGCCAAAGGCGGUUGCGGUCGAGUCAGCCUGGUUGGAUCACAUACCGGUUUUGCAAGCACCAAGCAGCAUGGUAUUGAGUCAAUCGCUUUUGACUCCGACUUCCCAUUGUCGUACUCCAUUGCCUCGGAUGAUAGAUUUCGAUGUGCUUCUGAGCCCCGUUCGACGCUGCUCGUUAUAUCCUUGAUCUUCACUGCGGUACUUGCCAUCUUUUCGGCUUCCCCAUUGAUCUUUUUCUCCAUUUAUGUACUCAUCUUUGCGCAUGUCAGUUUCGUGUCUGAUCCGCCAUCGGCCUCGUAUCGUAAUUCUACUGUAUUACCGGACCAUCUCUCAAUGUUCGCUAAGCGGUUGCUGCCCGCGAUCUUCGUUGCCAUUGUCGUAUACCGCGCUAUCGUCAAGAAGACAUUGUCUGGGGUCACGGCCCAGUUCGAGAAGACGUUAUUCUGGCUUGGUGGCUUCUGGGUAGGAGCACUUUCAAACUACACCUUUGACUGGAUACCGAUAUCGCGUCUUUCUGCGCACGACUUGAGUCAACAACCCGGCGCAAAGCUAGCCCUACUUGUGAUCAUAUUGGUCCUCGCCGGUAUCAUCAUUAGCCAGGCUUACUCGUUCUGGCGCGAAGGUCGCCUCCUACGUUACCUUGGAAUCUAUGGCAUAAUCAUCGGCGCGAUUUUGUUAUGUCUUCUCAUACCUGGAGUCAAUCUACGGAUACAUCACUACAUCCUGGCACUUCUGCUUCUGCCAGGUACCACUCUUCAGACUCGGCGUUCUUUGCUAUAUCAGGGCAUUCUCUUGGGUCUGUUCGUGAACGGAGUAGCUCGAUGGGACUUCGAUUCGGUGCUCCAGACGAGUGAGGCACUGCGGGCUGAUGCGGAGCUAAAUUCAGAAGUGCCCACGAGCUUGAUGCCGCUCAUUGAAUCCAGAGUAAACGGCCUUGUUGUGAAGUUCACUUGGAACCCGCCUCCGGAGUUUAUGGACGGCAUUAGUGUAAUGGUCAAUGAUGUAGAGCGUGAUCGGGCAUGGUACGACGAUGGAGAGCCUCGGACUGGUCGAGAGUUCGAAUGGGAGCGACCACCCGGCCCUGCAGUCAACGAGUAUUUCCGGUGGGCAUAUCUGAAGGAUGGGCGCACGCUGGAUUACUCAAAAGCAGGCGUGCUCUCCACAGAAGGUGUUUGGACGCCAGAGGAUACUUCUAGCUGA